UAAACUUUAAGAAAGCCUUUCCUCCUAGCUGAGUUUCAAACUCGCGCUCCACCCCAGUUUGAGCUAAGUGAAAAAACACUUUCAGCUUUAAUAAAUUACAAUGGGGAAGUACCGCGUCCACUGGUGUUAUUUUCCCUUUCGAAAACUCACCCGUAGCUUUAGGAGGUGCUCUCCUUCCAAAAGAACUUUGAUUAUAGCGAUUCUGUGUUUGGUCAACUUGUUGUUUUUGGUUUUAAAAGUUGGGCAUUUAGAGCAACCCCGGAGCAGAAGGAGUAACGAGGAGCAGAAGCGGAACACCCGCGGCGAGCAUCACUUAGACGGUGAACCACCGGCCACUUCUGACCUGCAAACCCAAGCUAGUUUGGAGGUCCCGACCCUGUUCAAUGUGGUCUACGUAACGCUAAAAUUCAAGCGUCUUAAACCAGUAAAUAUUCGAGGCACAAUUCGACCAAAGCUGAGAAAGAAAGUGAGAACAAAAACAAUCCAUCCAACAAUUACGCAGCGCAAACGAUUCAGCGUGGAACGGGAAACGGGCAAAGGAAACCGCAGCACUGGACUUAAGACAUCGAGGAAAGGGGGAAGUCUUGUGGACUUCUCCUUAAAGUCUUACAACGAUGGAACAGACCCUCGUUUUAGUAGUAUCCGAAUUUACAGCGAAAUGACACCUCCGUGGUUCAGCGCACAGGACGUGAAAAGCAUGCGCUUUCUUGCGGAUGCCAAAGUUUUGCGCAUAAAAGAAAUUCCUCGUCUGGACGCACCUUCGCUCGUGAUAUUUGAGGGUGCAGACAUGAACCGUCUGGUCAGCCAAAAACACUUGAAUAGAAAUAAUGUAUGUGGAGGCCAGUGCGGAAUUAUCCACUGCUCCGUGGGAAACGCGGAGGUAUUUGCUUUCCAUUUGGAUAGGGUGCUCGGCCUCAAUAGGACAAUACCUGCGGUAAGCAGAAAGUUUGGCUUUUUGAACGAUGGCCAGGCCUGCCAGGUGGUUCUAUGGGAUGCAUCGCUACACCCCAAAGACCUUGCUGCAGGCCCAACUACUGUGAGGAUGACAUGGAGGGAGUACCAGAACUCACUGACACAGAGGUGUUGGCAAAGAAAUGUCAACCCAAAGUCCAAUUCUGGAUGCUCUUCAAUUUACCACAGUGAAUGGAGCAAAUUAGCUCUUUUUGACUUUUUGCUACAGAUUCACAACCGUCUGGAUCCGAGCUGCUGCGGAUUCAGACCACGGCAGGAGGACGUGUGUGUUCAACCGGGCCGCCAUGAUGUGUGUAAGGACCAGGAAAACAUACAACUGGCAAACAUCGUGCACAGGGAACAUGACCUCAGGCACCUGGUCUUCAUCAACAACAAAGGGUUCUUCGACCACAAUGAGGACAAUCUAGACUUCAGGCUUCUGGAAGGAAUCAAGGAGCUGCCAGAGCAGGCCGUGUCUGUGUUGAGGAACAGGAAGCUGAGGGAAAAACUUCUCCAGUCGCUCUUUCUGGACCAGAUGUACUGGGAAAGUCAGGGCGGCCGACAGGGCAUCGACAAACUGAUCGAUGUGAUUGAGAAGCGAGCCAACAUCCUCCUCACCUACAUCAAUGCUCAUGGGAUCAAAGUUAUCCCGAUGAAUGAUUGAUUUAUAUUUUACUAAUGAAGGCGAUUUUUAAAUUACAUAAAUCUGAUUUAAAAUAGUAAAAAUCUGCACCUAAAUUUAAGUAAAUGUGAAGAAAUAGAGGGAUAAUAAUUUGUUACAGAAGCUUUAAACUUGAUUUGUGUUGUCUUCAUCCUAUUCCAAAAGUACAGGAGUCAACUUUGUCAGACAAAAACUCUUAAGAAUGGUAAAAAAACAACAACCAUUUGUUAUGUAUUUUUAUGUAGAGUAUCAAAAUAUACAACUACAGUGAUCCACAAAGCAAUGAAGAGCUAAAACCCUGUGUACUUAUUUUCCUCACAAAGGCAUAGAAGCAAACAGCAUGGCAAAGUCAUGGCUCAAUUCUGUCAGCAAGGGCAGAAAAAUGAGUACUUGGAGGAAGAAUGGAAAACAGAAAGCAUCAGGGAGCUAAUUUCCAUGAAAGCAAUGGAGAAAUCCCUGGCUUGGGAAUCCUCUUGCACAAUGUUUCACACAGAUCGUUUCACUUUUCUGUUUGCCUUUUUAUCUUGUGUGAUUUUUUACUUCAGUUCAUAACUUUUGCUCAUUGUGAUGUAGUUUCAAUGAAAUUGGAAAAAUAGACAUCAUUUGGGUUCAUUUUUACAGUCAAUGUUUGAUGUUCCUGUAUAAUUUAACAUAAUAUUUCCCUCUAGAAUACAACAAUGUACAUACAUGGAGAUUUUUUCUAUUUUCUACAUAAAAAUGUAGAAGUUUUUUGUGUGUAAGAUUAUGACUAGCAUGUAACAUUGUCAAAUGAAAUGUGUAAAUAUGCUUUUGGCCAAAAAGCCAUUGUUUUUAAUGAACAUUUUAGGAAUGAAUUGGAAUUAUGCCUCAUUCAGAGGCCAAAAAGUGAAGCCCACUUCCUCAUCAGUUGUUACAUUUGGAAGGAAUCAACAUGCUUGUUUUUAUUGCUUUCAGUGUGGAUCAUGUUUUUAAUUAUAUAGCCUACAUCUUAGGUUAUUGCUAAAGAAGCUGGCUGAAUUCAAGAAUAUUGAAAAUAGUUGAAGCUUUGAGAAGAAUUAAAUUCCAGUCAGUAUGGAUGAGAUUCACAAAGUGUGGACUGCAGCUGGAGUCAGUGCUUAAAGAACCAACAAGGUGUAUGGAGAACAUGGUCUACAACUGUCACAUUUGUCUUAAGCCACUCCUGAGCCUAAAAGAACUACAAGAAACAACACAAGUGUCUUAUUUAAACUAAGGAGAAAAAAAGUUUUAAUCCUUGUUUAAUUGGUUUUAUGUAAUCAAAUCGCCUACAAAACUUUGAAUAAGCCACAGCUGAAAAAAAAUGUUGCUCUGUGUGUAAUGAAAGGGUAUAAUCCGAGUUUGAAUUUUUAAACCAAUUUACUGAGAUUAAAUUGAUUUUCAAUGAUACAGUAAUUUAUUAAAUUGCACCUUCACAGUGUCUAUGAGUAUUGUAGACUAUUUUGUUUAUUGAAGAUUGUAUAUUAUAUCCUUAGGGCAUCAUACAAAAUACUGUUGUUAUUGUAAAUCUGGUCACAUGACAUAAAUGUACUAAUUUAUAUGUAAAAAUCUUCUAAUAUGAACCAAAAAUCAAUUUUAACCCUGGACUGUUUUAUGUUUUUAAAUAUUUAUUUCAUUUUGUAUCUUUUUUUGUAAUUUGUAAAAGUCCAAAAAGAAAAUGUCCAUUAAUAAUCAAUUGCAUUCACCCUAAGUAGAAGUUGUGGUUUAGUAUUGCUGUCAUUGGUUUUUAAAGUUUAUAUUUUUGGAUAUUAAAGUCACUUCAAAAUACUUUAAAACAGCAAAUGAGCAAAUUGUUAUUUUAGUUUUAGCAAUAAAGCUAAAAAACAAAGUCAGAAAUCAUUUAUAUUCUGCUGUUUGGGCCCUCAAAGAUUAGACUGGAAGUUGUUUGUUUGGUUUUGUGCAUUAAGCCGCCUGUUGUUCUGACCUCUUCACCUGAAUUACAUAGAGUGGAUUCCAUGCCUUGUUGUGUUUGUGUUAAAAUAACCCCUGCAGUUUGAAGACAAACUCUUCACACAUAUGCUCUUGUAUUAUCUCACCAGAACACACACAGACAAAAGAUGACCUACAUGGGUGAAACAAUUGAAGCUUACAGAAACAAAAAUAGACAGGGUGAGGGGCUGGACCUUUACUGAUGGUUUAUUCCUCUACUUGAACUCACUCCACUUCAGUAAAACUACAUUGUUGUAAAUGCUAUGCAGAGUUCUGCUGACCUCAACUGCAAGAUGAACGUCAAAAGCAGCUGAACAUCUGUCUGAUAUUCAAAUGAAAGAAAAAUGUGGCGAAUGGAAUAUAAAAUAACAGUACAAUGCACAUAGCUUAGCUAUUCCUCUUUCUUGAAACAAAGCUCUGAAAUAAUAAUAGUAAAACCUUUUAAUCUGAAGAGAUCAGAAUUACAUUCACAAAACAAAACUUCACAUGUAUGUAAGCCUGAUAAGUGUGAGUUAGCUUGUGCCCUUUUUAUCCCUACUGGCUCAUUUUCAACUUUAUUAAUUCUGCUUACUGGUUUUGUUUUGUGUUAGCUUUCUAAUAAUACAGAAAAUAUAACAGCAAACAGAAUAUCAAAGCAGCCCGUGUUUAUUUCAGGGACAUGCCACCCGCUGUUUACUUUCAUACUUUGAUACAGACUAUAGCUGAGUUUUCCAAGAAAAAAUGAUCAGCAAAAACUGUAUGUGUCACUUCCAAGUGAGCUGUGUUGAUGGAAACAUUCAACAACUAUGUGCCUGCCAAGGUUAGUUCUCUAAUCAGACUAAUUAAAUGAGGUUCAUAUUAUGCAAAAGGUUGCUAAAAUAUAUAUUUCUUGAAAGAUUUGGCAAGACACAUAAUGAAUGCCUCUAAAUGUUGAAUUGCCUAACUAAGCUAUAUUAGUUAGAAUUAAAAUUCAGGGUUAUUUUUUAUUAGAGCUGCCAGAAAACCAACAAAUUAAUAAAAGCCAAGAAUAAGUUACAAUCUGAUCUUUCCAUUGGUUUUAAAAGCAAUUAAAAUAACUUUUUUGAGAUAAAAAACUACUUUGAGUCACAUGUAUGAUGGAUAGGUUGAUGAUAGUAGUAUCUGUAAUCACACUUUCUUGAAGUCUGUCACUCUAUGACUUCAG